AUGAGUGUUGUCAAUAGUAAUGGAACAACUGGACGAUUACGAGUGAAUGCACCAGUUCAAAGUAUACAAAAAGAAGAAACAAGUAACACACUACCUUCUGUACAACAGAAACCAACAAUACCACAAAUUAAAAGUUCAAAAAAAGGAAAUGAAAUUGUUACAGAUAAAAACCCAACAACAGGAUUAUCUACUAUUUCAAAAGAAGAUAAAAAGAAGUCAUCAGAAAAAAAAGAAAUAAAAACAACAACUCCUCAAGGAAAUGAAAUUAAAGAAGAAAUAAACGAUAAUAUAUUGAAUGACGAAGAAUUUAAUCACGUCCAAUAUAACGAACCAACUGAUGAUGAUUAUGAUGGAAUCGAAAAAAGUGUGAGAAGAAAACAACUAAAUCCAAGAAAACCUUUAAAAGGAAAGAAAAAAGUAAAGAAACUAAAAGAAACACAUAAAAAUUUAGAAGAAAAAGUUCAAGAUGAAAUUCAAAAACAAGAAGUAAAAGAUAACUCACAAAAAGUAACUGAAGAAUCUCUACCCAAAGAAGGUGUUAAUGAGUUAAAAGAAAUAACUGACCUUCCAAAAGAUAUUAUUAAGGAACUAAAAGAAAUAAAGGAAAUGACAAAAGAAGACGAAGUUAUUGAAACUCAUGCAAAUACUGAACAAACAAUAAAAGAAAUAACAGAGUCUGAAAUUCCACCAAAAAGAAAACAACUUGGAGGUAAGAAAAAAAAGGUUGAUGAGAUUUCAGAUAUUCCUAAAAGAAAAGCACUAAAUCCGAAAAAGUCAAGCAAACUAAAAAAUUGUACUUCCUCAAGUAAAGAAGACACAACCACUAAAGAAAAACAAUCACAAACUAAAAUCCCUGUUAAGAAACAAAUACCUAGUGAUGGGAUUGGAUCUCCUAAGAGUCCAAGAUCUAAUCAUAUACCUAAUACAUCUGUUUCUACAUUACCAGCUGGUCAUCAAUUGUUAAUGGAUGAGAAUGAAGUAAAAGAAGUUAUUCCGCAACUACCAACACGAAUAACAAUUGACAAACCUAAUGUUGAAGAAGACAAAAAGGAAACAAACCAAGAAGGAAAAACAACAAAAGACAAAAAAGAGAAAGAUGAAACUGAGGCAAAACUAAAAAAAGAAAAGAGGCAUAAAAAAAAUAAGAAAUACGAAGAAGUAGAAGAAGAAGAAGGAGAUGAUCCAAUGGUUACUAAACAAUUAAUUGUAAAAACAGAUAACGAAAGAUCUGUCUUUUCAAUUGCUAAUUCAAUUGGAAGAGGUGCAUAUGGAGAGGUGUUUCAAGGAAUGAAUGCUGAUAGUGGAGAAUUUGUUGCAAUUAAACAAAUGAAAGUAAAUAAAAAAUCAGUAAUGAAAGAAGUUAUGGAAGAAAUUAGAUUACUUAAAAAAUUAAAACACAAACACAUUGUUAGAUACAUUGCAUCAACAGAAAGUCAUGGAUUUCUUUAUAUCAUAAUGGAAUAUAUGGAAAGUGGUUCAUUAUUAAAUAUUGUAAAGAAAUUUAAUCAUUUAAAUGAAAGUUUAUCAGCAAAAUAUAUUCAUCAAGUAUUAGAUGGAUUAGCAUUUAUUCAUGACCAAGGUAUUGUACAUAGAGAUAUUAAAGCAGCUAAUAUUCUUGUUGCUAAGGAUGGAAGUGUAAAAAUUGCAGAUUUUGGAGUUAGUGUUCAAAUGAAUGGAAAUGAAAAGCAAGAAGGAGGAAGUGAUGAAGAUCCAAUUGGAACACCAAAUUGGAUGGCACCUGAAGUUAUUCAAAUGCAAGGAACUACAGUUAAAGCAGAUAUAUGGGCAUUAGGAUGUACUAUUAUUGAAUUAAUAACAGGAAAUCCACCAUAUUAUGAUUUAAAUCCAACGGCAGCUUUAUAUAAAAUAGUUAAUGAUGAUUAUCCACCAUUCCCAAGUACUGUAUCAGUACAACUAAAAGAUUUCUUAUUUUCAUGUUUUAAAAGAAAUCCAAAUCAACGAGCAUCUUCAAGGGAAUUAUUAAAACAUAAAUGGUUUAUUACAAAUGGAAUUAAAGUAGUAGAGGAAGUUAAAAAAACUAAUAUGAAAACUAUUUCUUAUAUGGGAAGUGUUGUUGAUACUACUGCUGAUUGGGGAAAUGAUUUUAUAUUUCCAAGUAGUAAAAAAGAAUCUAGUGCUAUCGAUAUCUCAUCUACUGGAACAAAUAUAGAUGAUUGGGAUAGUGAUUUUGGUUCAUUUUCAUCUACUACUCUUCAACAACCUUCACAACAAAAUAAUGGAACAUCUACAUUAAAUGGAGACGAUUGGGAUAAUGAUUUUAAUUUCUCUCCUAUAAAAAAUGAUGACAAAAAGAAAAGUCAAACUUCUUUAAAAGUUGAAAACAAAACAGAUGAUUGGGGAGCUGAUUUCUCUUUCCCUGAAGAUCUCUCUAUUCAACCAGCUAACAGUGAUAAGAAAACUAAUGUUAAUGAUGAUGACUGGGGAGAUGCUUUUACUUUCCCUACAGAAUCUAAAACAAGUAAAUUAACGCAAAGUAGUUCUGGAAAAACUAAUAAUUCAAAAGACAUAUCAGGAGAUGAUUGGGGAGAUGAUUUUGGAUUUCCUGAAGACCAAAAAGAUGGAAAAACAAAUACUACUAAAGGAAUCGAUGAUUGGGGAGACGAUUUUAUUAAUGUUCAAGAACCACCUAAAAGAAAAACUCUUGCAGGAAGAAAUUAUAUAGAACAAACACUUAAAAAAGAUACUGUCAAUGAAUUAACUAGUCAAGGUAAACAAGUUAUUGUUGCUAAGAAAGCAGGAGGAAAAGAAGUUGCAAUUGGAGUGGAUGUAAAACAAGGAGGGGGAAUGAUAGAUAAACCAUUUUUAGAAGAAGUACCAAGUUUUGAUGAUAUUGAUGCACUAGAUACAAAUGACGAAGCAAUGAAAAAGAAAAAAGAAAAGUUUAUUAAUAAAUUAAAAGAAUCAGCAAAACUUAUUGAAAGUAUUACCAAAGAAACACCACAUAAGUUAGAAAUUCUUAUUGAUGAAUUAUUUAUGCUUAGUGAAGAUUCUUCGUUUACUGAUCUCUCAGGAGUUAUACAUUCAGUUGGGCUAUUUUCAAUAUUAGCUGUACUCGAAAAAGAAGAAUUUAUUAAUUGCUUUCCAUUAAGAGUAAAGGCAUUACAAUUAAUUAAUUCAGUUAUGGGAAAGAAUUCUAUGGUGAGGAUGAAUAUUGUAUUAUCUGGAUGUCAAAGCAUUGUUAAUUUUGGAUUAUCCCAUGGUAAAUCAAAUGAUUCAUAUAUGAAAGAAUUAAUUAAAUUUAUUCAAUGUAUAAUGUCAGACGAAACAAAUAAAUACCAACUGGCUCAGAUGUUUAUUAAUUGUGGUGGCUUAUCAUUAUUUUAUCAGGUUUUAACACUUAAAUAUGAUGGAAAACACCAAACAACGAUAAACAUUAUAUUAGAAGUUAUUAGUAAAUUUGUACAUUCACAGAGUGAUAUUAAAACGAGAAUAGAUUUUUGUUCUCGUAAUAUUAUUACUUUAUUAUUCAUCAAAUAUAAAGUUAUUGAAGGAUUACUUCAAUUUGUUAUUCAAACAUUUGUAAAUAAACAAUAUGAUGCUUCACUUCAUGCAAUAACAAUUUUAAUUCAAAUUAUUGAUGCAGUAUUAAGAAAUGAAACACAAAUUAAAUUAAUUGUAUGUCAAAAAAUUGUAACAACAGAUUUAUUAGGAACAUUAUGGAGAAAUAUGGAUAGCUCUAAUAUCCCUAAAGGUGAAAGUGAUGAUGGAAAAGAUUAUAUAUCUAUUCAAGAAGAUGUAUUGUUUAAUGUAUGUAAAUUAUGCAAAAUAUUAAUGACUGACUCGGAUUCAGAUACUAUCACAACAUUGUUAAAUGCCAAGAUUAUUUUCUUUAUAGUUAAAGUAUUAUUUAGAUGUGAUGCUGUUGAUCCACCUGAUUCAAAAAAGAAUAGAUUAAAAUUUAUGAUGAGAAAUGGAUUAAUUAAUAAUGUCACACAAUGUUUAGAUAUGUUAUGUAGUUCAUUACAAGUAAAAUAUAAAGUAUGUUUAGAAUUAUCAUCAUAUCAAGGUAUAUUUGUUUUAUUAAAGAAUUUUUGUAUUUAUGCUAAAUCUAACUCUAAAAUUAUUGAAGAGAAUUCAUUCAAUAUUAUCAUUGAUGUUAGUCGUUCAUUAACAAAACAACAAAGUUCAAGUGACUUUAUAACAAAUAAUGCUUUAGAGUUCCUUAUUAAUUAUUCAGCAGGAAAUGUACUUCGACCUCAUGUUUUUGCUGCUUUCAGGGCAUUGUAUGAAUCAAAUAAGAAAAAAGGAUUAAAAUUAUUAUCAGAAGCUAAAUGUGUAUUACAUUUAUUAAAUGCUUUCAAAAGAUGUAAUUUCGCUGACGGAAUUUGUGCGUCAGAGUUAAGAGAUUUUUGUUCAAUGUUAAAUGAUCAUGAUGAAUUAACCUUAAUGUAUUCUAAAACCACAUUUUUAAGGGGAACUGCUAUGAUACUAAAAAGUGUACCUUGUGAUCUUAUUGAAACAAAGAAGAACUUUGCUAUGUUAUUAAAAUCACUUAUCAAAGCGAAUCCUAAACCAAGUGAAAUACAAUUUAAAGAGAAGGUUUUAGUUGAUUUAGAAGAAACAAUGAAACAAAGUGAAAUGGAAGGAAAAUUUGUUAUAGUUGAUAUAGUUGAAGAAUGUAUUGCGUUGAUAUUAGAACCAAAAAAGACAAAGAAGAAUGAAAAGAAACAUAAAAAAGAAGAAAUAAGUUCACUAGAAGAAAAGAAAAAGAAAGACGAUGAUGAAAGUAAAACUAAAAUACCAACAAAAACUUCACCAAAAGGAGAUAAUAGAGCACAUAGAAGAGGUGUCUCAUUUGGUAAAUUCGGCAAUUCAGGUCUUUUUGGAAAACAUGAUUCCAAUGAAAAUUCAGAAGAUAGGUCUGAAGAACAUAUGUCUUCUUCUAAACAAGACAGAAAGGUUCCACCAACUCCAGAAACACCUUCUUCAUCAUCACAAUCACCAAGUUCAACUAAACCACAAUCUCCAUGUACAAGCAAUCAAAAUAUUAUGGGUUCUGUUCCAUUAACUACAAAAAUUACUAAUGUCCCAACAUCAUCAACAACUUCUAAUUCUAAAUUUAUUCAAAGCACUCCUGUUAAUAAUAUUCCAUCUAAACUAAGUAGUACUAGUACAUUAAAAGGAAACGGUACAUUACCUACACGAUCUUCUGUUGCAAUGAAACAAACAACUCUAAUUGAAAAUCAACAAUCAAUUUCACCUAAACCAAAACGUUCAUUCUUCUCAUUUGGUAAAAAGGACGAUAAAAAGUAA